UGACGAUCACUCGUGUCUGCAUGGCAAAACUGGGAUACUCGAGGAUGUGAAUUUGAUCAAUCGUGGGUGGGCAUGAUUCAGAGGUCCCCGGGGCCUGGUAAUUUCUGAUUGGGUACACCUACCUAACUCGGGUCGUGCGUUGUAGCUUCUAUCUUAUAUUCUUCGCCCGCGUCAGGCUUGGAGAUCAAUCAGGUUUGGUCAGCAGCGGGGUGGAAAAGGAGUGCCUUCGCCCGAUCGGAUGGAUAUUAUUGUGCAGUAUUCAGACGCCAACUCUGAUCCCUCUUAACUAAGACUACUGCGCGUCCAUGGUGAGAAAACCCUCCGCUUCUCAACGAGUUGAGAGCUGAGAAACAAGUCUCUCAGGAACUGACCGUUUGAGGAUACACACUAGUGAGACGGUCAUCCGCCUUGGGGAGAACAACUGGAAAUUAUUUCCCAAAGAUUUUUCUUUUCAGUCGCGAACUUCGUAUGAUAGCUUGAGAUGGCGAGGUAGCUACAUCCCCGAGGCUGUAUAAGAACUAAUACUAACAUCAGUGUUAGAACGGAUAAAUCCUCUACCCUCACGCUUGCCGGAGCGGGGGACCGGCUAUCAGAUGCGAAUAAAUAUAUCCAUCAUUUACUCCAGCUAACACCAAAGGAGCUGGAAGGGUUGGACCCCUGUGAGAGAAUCAGGGCAUUGGUGGCUCUAUCAGGGGCCGGUGAAGAGGAAGCGGUACAGCAGCUUCUAGAGUUAGGAACCGAUGUCAACCUUUCGGCAGAACCCCUAGGGGUGACACCAUUACAGAGUGCAGCAGCCAUUGGUCAUCGGGGAAUUGUUAACCGACUACUAGACGCUGGGGCCGACGUGAACUAUACGCCCCCCGGAAGAUCGGCAGCCCUGACAGCAUUACAAGAAGCGGCAGCCGGAGGACAUAUUGAUUUGGUGAUAGAUUUGGUGAGAAGCGGCGCACUUAUCAAGAAUAUACGCAUGACAGAGGACAUGAUGCCAAUACAUUGGGCGGUUAUCCAUGGGGACCCGGUAUUAUUGGAAAGAUGGCAAGCUCUGGGAGCCGACACUAACGUCGAAGAUUCAAUGGGGAGGAAUCCUAUACAUAUCGCCGCUCUUUCGAACAAACCGGAAAACCUAAGAUGGUUGCUCCGGCCGUGCGGGUUUCUGAGCAGUACCAUUGCAAAGAAUGCGCGGGACCUUAAUGGAUCGACCCCAUUGCAUUUAGCGAUUGAAGGGGGAUGUUUUGAAGUAUUCCAAUGCCUUUUGAAGGAAGGCGCCAACAUCGCAAUUCAAGACAACAAGAAGCAGAGACCUCUCGGCCUCGCACUGUCAGGAAAGAAACCCGAUAUGGUAAACGGGUUGCUUGGGGCGGGCGCAUCUGCUAAUGGAAUAACGGCGAAAGAAUGGAGCAGGUUGUUCAGGGUGGGCGAGGAUACUGAAGGUGAUGACGACGAAGAGGAGAAAGGCCUGGUUUGCGGCGAGGGAGAGGACGGGGAGGUUAUCGUUAUAACUCGAGAUCAUGAACGUGUCAAACCUAUUGAGUGUGUCCCAGGGAUUGAAGCUGUUGAUAGGGUGAAAUAUGGAUACAAGGAAGCAAAUACCCGACUUUUGUAAGUGUAUUUCUUGAGAUACGAUAACAUUUUCGGAGCUGAAUAGUUGACAAUAUGUAGUUCUACUAUACAGCUAACGAAGUCAUCAGAGGCGGACUUAUAUAAUCCAGACACCAUCAUUUCGGAGAGCCCAAACUUCCUACUACCGAAAAACAGCCAUAUGGAGAGUAAAGCCUCCGUAAGAUGGACGUGGCGUUCAAUCAAUCAAAGUGACCUAUUCAAAAACGUCAAAAACGGUGACCGUGUGCAAGACGGAUUCCCGGGGCUGGAAGACUUGAAAACUAAUCCUUCAGUGCAUGGUAAGGGUGCCAAUUCAGCUAAGAAGGUUCACCCUGCUAAGGCGCGAAAAGUCAGUCUGAGGUGCUUCGUGAGCUUUCGAUACUUCCGAGUACUCUCCUCGGACUCUGCAGGGCUCGAUGGCUCCUUUCCUAUGAGGGCGAAAUACAGUCGGAUAUCCUGGGUAAUGGAGAGCUUGAAGUCACACCACACGGACAUCGACGGGCGGGGGGUGAAGGACGUUGUCCCGAUUCUCAAAACAAAAACCUACAUCAGCACCCUGAAGUGCGGCUGGGUACCCGCGCACGGCGUCGAGUUCUUCACCAUGUUCGUGCAAGAGCUACUGCCGAAGUGGGCGAAGCUCAUAGACGCGGCCGAACUCCAUCUCUCUGGUGUGGUGAGUAUUCUCUCUAAGUCCAGCACUCACCCAUCCACAAUCACCCUGAAAUUUCUUUUUUAUGACCCUCAAGUGCCAUAAAACGGAUAUUGGCUAAGACAUAUAUCCCGCGUUUCUUUUUUGGGUUUUCCCGCUCUAGCGCGAGAACUUGUUGAAAAGCGGCGGUGAAACGAACGACCUGAUAAAACCUUUGCUAAAGGAUGCCCAAAGUUGGAUUAUGCUGCGCAAACUGCUGCAGGAGCACAUCCAAACCGCGUCGGAAUUCCUGAAACUGUACGAGAGCGAGGACUUCCUGCGGGAGGAAGUGGGAGUCUCCGCUUAUAAGGACAAGAUCCCUAAAAUAUCCAUCAGGGAUUCCGGACUCCCUUUAGAAUCGCCGAGGGUGCUGGAGUACUUUGAGGACUCCACACUGCCCAAGCAGAAUGCCUGGCCCGCGGGCAAGCAGUUGCGCAAGGCAAUCAAGGAGUUGAAGAAUUGCACGCCGAGGAUUAAUGCUUUGGAUAAGGAUACCAAGACUAUGAUUCAGCUGGUAGGUUUUUGUCACUAGAGGGGGCGUAUGUUACUAACCUCGGUUUCUGUAGCAAUUCAAUCUAGCAUCGAUAUACGAAACACACAGCAUGAAGCGGCUGAGUUGGAUUACGGUAUUUCUUCCAAAUCCUCAUUCUUUAAUCAAGCCGAGAAGACUAACCUCAACCAGUUUAUAUUCCUCCCAUUAACAUUCAUAGCGGUAAGCUCCCCCCCCCCACCCAAUUCACUCUCUAAGAUUCAUCAUACUAAUUAGCCUCACUAAAUAGAGUUUGUUCGGAAUGAACGUAAACCUCCUUGAUGGCAACCCCGACUGGUGGUGGUACAUAGUCCUCAGCGGGGCGACACUGGGCCUUGUACUCAUAAUAUGGAUAAUCGUCAAGAACAUCAAAGUUUGUUCCACCUUGCCCCUCGCUAUGCUAUUUAUCUCAAGUGGGGCUAACAAGCGUAUAGAAAUGGCGGAAAAGGGAGAGAAAGCGAAAGAAGGAUAUAGAAAUGGGUGAUGUGGUGUCUGAUAAGGAUAAGUUGCAUUAGGAGCUUAUGAUAUGAUGGAUGGUCUGGCGAUGAGAAUGUGGGAUGAAGUGAUGCGUGGAGAAAAAUACGAAUGUAUGGGCUAGAGGCAUUGAAUUAGAUUGGAUGGGACAAGGAAUCUCGUAACAUUGUACAAUAUAGUUUCCCUUUUUGGUGGGAAGGGAUUCUCAAAUUUUGGCACCAUUUUAGUUUUGAACUUCGAAAUCUACAGUAAACGAGUGCAUUACUCAACCGC